UACUGCUGCACUUGUAUGUCUUGAUGUACCUGUACCUGCUAUAAUGGAUCUUUGUAUAAAUAAAUAGAAUGUAAAUUCCGAUGGUAAAAAUGUUGAUGAUGAUGAUAGAUCUAGUGAUACAAGCGAUGAAUUAACAUUUGAAGUUCAACGACGUGUUGUUCAUAUUGAUACUGGACAUAUUAAAUUGCCUAAUGAUAUGCCACGUUUUUCAGAUCGAACUUGUUUUAUAAAUGAAUUAAAUAAUAUUUUAUUACGAUUUAAUAAUUAUAUUCAUAGUAAUUUAUCAAAAAAAAAAUCUUUUAAGACUAAACAAAAAUAUCAACAGAGUGAAGAUUGGACACAUAUUUAUGAUGAAAAUUUAUUAAAAGAAUCAAAUUAUCAACCAAGUCAAGCAUUAGCAAGACUUGCAGCAAUAGCUAAACGUGCUGGAAUUGUUAUUAAUAAUAAUGAUGAUGAAAAUAGUAAUAGUAGACUAUCAUGUUUAUUUAAUGAAUCUGAAUUACAUCGAAUAUCAGCGAAUAAUUGUUUACGUGUAUCAUUUAUAAGUCGUUUUGCCCAAUUAUUUAGUCAAAUGGAUGUAUUUAUAUGUUAUCUACCAGUGGGCAAAUAUUCUAAUGUUGAUCAAUGGUUAGCACAACGAAGUACAACAAAAAAUUUUGAUCGAACUAUUAAAAUUGCAUCAAAAUUUAAUGAAGAUAAUCAUCUUUUUGGUUUAACUAAUAAACAUUUACAAUAUUUUUCUGAUCAUAUUCGUUUAUAUCGUGAUUGUCGUGAUUUAACUUAUCAAUAUUGUUCAUUAAUUGUAAUGAAUGCACCAUUAGUUCGUCCACUUGAUAAUUCAUUUUCUACGUCGAAUAAUUCUUAUUUAUUUGAAAAUCUUAAGGGAAGUGUACUUGAAUCAGCAACAUCCAUAGAUAUAUCUUCAUCUUUUAUCUAG